UGAAGUUGGUGGUGGAAAGGUGCAGAGUUACCGGCAUUCGGUGAGGAGUUGUCCGAGGACACCUUUCAUGUGUAUGGUUCCUCUUCCUCUUGAAGGGUAUAAGUCUCCAGUUCCAUGGCCUGAGAGUAAAUUGAAGUGCAGAUAUUGCAUAAGAAUGUUGCACACCCAAAACUAUCUGCAUAUAUAAAAAAACAUAGUUGGUUGGUGGAUUCGGGUGAAUAUCUUACUUUCCCUCAAAACCAGACUGAAUUUUUGGGAGGAAUUCAGCACUAUCUCGAGUCUAUUGAAGAGAUGGUACCAGACAUUGAGUGGGGUAAAAAUAUCCGUGUUGUCCUCGACAUUGGAUGUACAGACUCGAGCUUUGCAGCUGCUCUCCUUGAUAAGGAUGUUCUAACAUUGUCACUUGGUUUGAAAGAUGACCUAGUCGACUUAGCUCAGGUGGCACUUGAGCGCGGCUUCCCAACCUUAGUUAGCCCUUUUGCUCGAAGAAGACUUCCUUUUCCAAGUCAAGUUUUUGAUGCUAUACACUGUUCGCGUUGCCGCAUACCUUGGCAUUCCAAUGGGGGUAAGCUUCUAUUGGAGAUGAAUCGGAUUAUAAGACCUGGUGGAUACUUCAUUAUGUCAACUAAACACGAUAGCAUUGAAGAAGAAGAAGCCAUGACAACGACUAUAGCGUCUAUAUGUUGGAAUGUUCUGGCACAUAAAAGCGACGAUGUUGGUGAAGUUGAAGUAAGAAUAUAUCAAAAGCCUGAAGGAAAUGACUUAUACGAAUUGAGAAGGAAGAAGAUCCCACCGAUUUGCAAAGAAAACGAGAAUCCCGAUGAAGCCUGGCAUGUUCCAAUCAAGACAUGUCUGCACACUAUUCCAAUUGGAAUUGAACAACACGGGGCAGAGUGGCCGGAGGAAUGGCCGAAGAGGCUCGAAACUUAUCCCGACUGGAUAAACAAUAAAGAGAAAUUGAUCGCGGAUACAAACCACUGGAAUGCGAUUGUUAACAAGUCAUAUCUUAAUGGAAUGGGCAUUAACUGGACGAAUAUCAGGAAUGUAUUGGACAUGAAAUCCACCUAUGGAGGAUUGGCUGCAGCUCUAUCUAAACAGAAUGUUUGGGUGAUGAAUGUAGUCCCUGUUCAUCUACCGGAUACACUUCCCAUAAUUUUCGAACGUGGAUUUUUUGGUGUCUAUCACGAUUGGUGCGAGUCAUUCGGUACUUAUCCAAGAACAUAUGACCUUCUGCAUGCUGAUCAUCUGUUCUCACGCCUCAAAAACAGGUGCAAGCAGCCUGUGUCGAUUGUGGUUGAGAUGGACCGUAUCUUACGGCCAGGCGGGUUGACAAUCCUUCGCGACAAAGUUGAAAUUCUAAAUCCAUUGGAGGAAAUAUUGAGAAGUAUGCAUUGGGAGAUUAGAAUGACUUUCUACCAGGAAAAAGAGGGAAUCAUAUGUGCACAGAAAACUACAUGGAGACCUUGAAUCCUCAAUCAUAUCCCAUUCUUUUACCAUCACUUGAUUCAAUUUCCAUGAUAUUCUUUCCUUCAACUUACACCCCAAUCAGUUUUUGAUUUAUCAAUGUGUUAAAAGAAAAUGAAGCUUGUAAACAUUACUUUAUUAUUUUAUUUUUUGUUGUAAAAAUUACUACUUUAUAGUUGCUGUUAUUGAUUGAAGAAAUACAAAUGUUAAACCACAUCAGAUACAGAGUCAGUGAUAAGGGUGUUCAACGUGGUUAUAACACGGGUCUUACAUUUUUUCACAGUUAAAUUGUGGUUAAAUAGAGUCUUGUUACACAUUUGUUAUGGUUCAACCAUGGUUAAAUAAAGCUCCCUAUACGUUUUCCCACAGUAUAACUGAUUAAAUUGAAAAUCUUACAAAGGGCAUCAAAAUAAGAUGUUUUUGAUCAGAUAUAUUGUUGAAAUCUAGAACUUUGAUAUUGUUGAUCAAAUAUACUGUUGAAAUCUAGAACUCUCAUAUCACUGAUCAGAUGUAUUGUUGAAAUCUAGAACUCCGAUAUUGCAUUAAUGGAGACAAAUCCAUUUUCAUUGACCAUACAUAGCAUCA